CUUUCGGUUUCCCGCUCCAGAGAGCAAGGUCGAGAAGAGAGGAGACUGAGGUGUUGCGGCCAUUUCUUCCGCCUACUUUUUCUGAGCUCCUGGCAGAGCUUACAGCAGCGCCAUGUUAGGCCAGAGUAUCCGGAGGUUCACCACCUCCGUGGUCCGUCGCAGCCACUAUGAGGAGGGUCCUGGGAAGAAUUUGCCAUUUUCUGUGGAAAACAAGUGGCGGUUACUGGCUAUGAUGACUGUGUUCUUCGGAUCUGGAUUUGCUGCUCCUUUCUUUAUAGUAAGGCACCAGCUACUUAAAAAAUAAGGAUAUUUAUUCCAACUCUUUAACAGGUAAUUUGUAGUUUUCUAAUUUU